CAGCAGCAGUAUUCUCGUGGUGCACUGGUGGGAGUGAAGCCAUAAAUUUCACUGGUAUUAGUAACCAACUUAGCUAUUUCAUCUUUUUCAACGUCAAUUUGUUGAAAAAAAGUCGUUGAAGAAGAACAGUCUUUAUAUCUUCAAUCUCAGCACCAUCAUCGGUUCUCUUAAUAAAUUAUUUAACACUGGGUAUAAACUCUGUUUUUCCAUCUCAGUUGCAUGGUCGGUCAUUGAUGUAUUUUAUGCUAUUCCUUCACUUACACUUGCUCAGGUAUACUUUGACUUUUUGUUUUGUGAUUUCUGGAAAAUAUUUCAUUUUUAAAUAUUCGUCAAUGAAUGGAGAAAUUUUAAAUUUAUAAAUUUCAAAACACUUGAAUCUUCUGUCUGUGGUACAAAUAUGAUACAAAGAUGAGUUAUGCCUCUGAACGUACUUAUUGUUCUGUGACUGAACCAACGCACGUAAAAGUCAGAUUAGUUUUUAAUAAUAAGAAGAUUACAGUUGUAAAAAUAUCGGAUGUUGUUGAUUUCCAAGACAAACGUCCUUGUGAUUGUAAUGAUUAUGAAGAGCAGAAAGUAUAUGAGUGCAAACUGGCUGAUGAGAAGGGUUUUGAAAAUUUAGUACCUGUAUAAAUAGGAGGCUUAGCAGUUUUUAAUUCUUUAGAAGAGGAUGAAGAAUUAUCUCAUUUCAAGGCCAAAAGAGGAAAUUUUCCACGCUUAAAUACUUCAGUCAUAGAUGAAUAUCUACAAAAAGAUCAUGCAACAAACGUGUCAAUUGAAAAUAUUGAUAAAUAGAAAAAAAUCAACGCUGAAGAUAAAGAAACGAAAAAAAGAGUUAAAGAACACAACAAAAAAUUGCAAGAAGAGAUCUUGGAUCAAAAAUAAUGCUGUAGCAAAGAACCAAUUUAGAUGCACAAAUUUUCAACUUUAAAAUGAGAAAAUUUAUGGAAACAAGUGCAGACAUGGAAAUAGAUCUACAUCAACAAGAAGUGCAAGAAACAAAUAUAAAAAGUAACAACAAUAUCAUUGUAGAUGAUAAAAAGAUCGAAAUAGUACAAGAAAAUUCUCUUUCUUUUUAUAAUGAACAAAUUUUGUCUUUAAAAGAAAUUGUGAAGAAUAUGACUGUUGAGCGAGAUGCUAUGGAACUAGUGUGUCUUAGGCACAAGGAGAAUCUCAUCAUUGAAAAAAAGAAAACUGAAAAAUAUAAAAUAAUUAAUGAAAAAUUACAAUUUCAAUUACUUCAAUGUGAAGAGUCAUGUAAAGUUUUGAAGAAAAAAUUAUCUUUAUUAAAAAGCUUCAAAGUCGAUGAAAAUGCAAUUAUUUCUGUCAAUACUCGUAUUGAAAGCCAUAAUGAAAUACUUAUGUCGAAAGAGAGCAUUCUACACGGUAGCAAUCAAUUGGAAAAGACGCCUCCUAUGAAACCUAUGUAUGCACAUGAAUUAAAUUAUUCGCUAAGUUUGAUAAACGUAGGAAUUCAAGGACGUAGCAAUGCUGAAAAUAAAAUUGUUCCAAGAAAUUUGUAUACGCUUAAUCACUUUAGUUCAACUCCAAAAUCAAGUUAAUAUACUUUUAUAAAUAUAUAAUUAAUUUGUACUCUUCAAUAAAAUCUGAAAAUGUC